AAUCUUGUUAUUCAACUAUGCCAAGAUAAAUUCAAUUUUCCAUUCUAUGGCACCUUUAACUGACGGUUUGUGGAGACCCGAUUUCGAGGGACAACAUGAUUUGUCAUGACAACGGUUGUUUAAGAAGUGGGCGGGGUCAAAACUGCUGAUUUCAGCCAAUCACUUUGGCCGAACGGAGACAACAUGCGAUAAUCCAUGAAAGACGUGCACGAAAAUAGAUGUCCAUGAUGACUAUUGUAAGUUAAUGUAAAAUAGAUAGAUGGAUAUAAACUUUUUAUUCAUACAUGGUUAAUUCAAUUUUUAGUACUACAUAUUAAGGUUUAAUUACGCUUUAAAAAGUUUCUUAAACGUUCGUAGAUAUUCAACUCCCACAUGAAUGUCUCUCUAUCAUUACUUACUAUUACUUUAAUAAGUGAUAAGGAGAUUUUCACCUGGUGGACAAUAAUAUAACACCCUAGCAACCCCCCAGCAACUGCCUAGCUAUCUUUAUCUUUAUCUCUCCAAACGCUACACCGGACCAGAAAUCUUCGCCAAACUUGUUCACUCAUAUAUGUGUGUGUGUAUUUGGAUCCUCAGAAUCUGAUCAUAAAUCACAGUUCAUCAUUAGCAAACAUGCAUACUUCAAAGAGCACAAGCCCAGAGAGGUGUGUGCCCUACAUCAGCCAGUGUAUACUGCGUUGCUGUGGAAACACUGCGCUGUGUUGUAGCCGGCUGGCAAGAGUGCAAAUGUCUUCUGUAUUCUGAGCAAAUGUCUGGCAUGGAUACAGGGACGAGGCCGGGGUGUGACACACAUACACACACACACACAGCACAUAGCACAUACUGCCCUUAGGGCUGACAGUAUUUGUCCUUAAGAAACAUGUCUAGCUUUGUGUGGUUAAGUUAGUGUGUGUGACAGGCAGGAAUGAGGUGAGGAGUUUAUUCACACUAAGUCAGAGUCUUUCUGUCAGACAGAUGAUUAAGUGCUUUGAGCAAGGAUCAGAUAUCUGCACUGUUUGGGAGAGCUCUCUCUGGGUCAUUCAUACAGACCUACAGGAAAGAGAGCAAGCAGAUGAAGAUGUUUUCUGGUGAGGCUGUGAUGGUGGAGCACUGAGGAAGUUAGAUCAAAGAUCAAAAGACAAAAAAGCUGAAAUAUUUCAGAGGAAGUCUUUGAGCGAUGUUGGCCCCCGAGCAGGAGCUGCUGAGCUCUUCUAAACCCAUCAAAUACGGAGAGCUCAUCAUCCUCGGCUACAACGGCUCCCUACCGAACGGAGACCGGGGCAGGAGGAGAAGUCGUUUUGCUCUGUUUAAGAGACCCAAAGCCAAUGGAGUCAAACCUAGCACCGUCCACAGCACAUGCAGUCCACAGACCGCCAAGGCCAUCAGCAACAAAGGUCAGCACAGUGUGUCGUACACGCUGUCCCGGGCGCAGACGGUAGUGGUGGAGUACACUCACGACAGCACCACUGACAUGUUUCAGAUCGGCCGGUCCACUGAAAGCCCCAUUGAUUUUGUGGUGAUGGACAUGGCACCUGGUUGUCACGGUAACAGCGACACGCUGUCGUCUCAGAGCACCAUAUCUCGAUUCGCGUGUCGGAUCGUGUGUCAGCGAGCCCCGCCCUACACUGCGCGCAUCUACGCCGCCGGCUUCGAUUCGUCCAAAAGCAUCUUCCUGGGGGAGAAAGCGGCGAAAUGGUGGUGCGCUGACAGCCAGAUGGACGGACUGACCACGAACGGGGUGCUGGUGAUGCGACCGCGACACGGCUUCACCUGCGAGUCCAAACCGGGCGCCUGGAGAGAGAUCUCGGUCUGUGGAAACGUCUUCACGCUGAGAGAGACGCGGUCAGCUCAGAAAUCCGGCAAACUGGUUGAAAACGAGUCUCAGGAGUUGACGGACGGCACGUUAAUCGAUCUGUGCGGUGCGACUCUCCUGUGGCGUUCGGCAGAAGGCCUGUCCCGCACGCCCACCCUCAAACACCUGGAGGUGCUGCGGCGGGAGCUGAACGCGGCGCGGCCGCAGUGUCCUGUGGGCCUCCGAACGCUGGCCUUCCCCAGCUUAGACCGCUCCUUCAGAGGCACGGCCCACGAAGACCAGCCCUGGGCCUACCUGCACUGCGGACACGUGCACGGAUACCACGCCUGGAGGGGGCGCCGCAGGGUCACGAAAGAGGGCUCGACCGAGGAGGAGGACGACGAGUCCGAGGCGAAAGAGGAGACGGAGCAGGAGCCGCUGAGGGAGGGCGAGAGAGAGUGUCCGCUGUGCCGUACACGCGGUUUGUACGUGCCGCUCAAGCUGGGCCGUGAGUCGGGCUUAUAUCUGGACGGCGCGCCUCCGACGCACGCCUUCAACCCCUGCGGACACGUGUGUUCGGAACGGACGGCAGCGUUCUGGAGCAAACUGCUGCUGCCGCACGGAUCUCACGGCUUUUAUCCCGCCUGUCCGUUCUGCAUGAGGCCACUCGCUCGCGAGUCCAAGGUCGUGAGACUGAUCUUUCAGGGGCCGCUGGACUGAGUGUGUGUGCGUGUGUAUUUAAGACUCUUUCGUGCCAAACUGCCAACACAUAUUCAGCUCUCUGAUUUUCCCACAAGCCAUCUGUUCUCUGCACUGCCAGCUGUCUGACCGGACGGAGCGAAGCCCGUCGUACAUUCAGUAGUUUUCUGUUGAAAGUCACUGUGCUUGAGCUGCAAAAACUAAUAUUAAAGUCAUCAUGAAAUCAAAAUCAAUAAUUUUUUUAUAAAAAAUCACAGUAUUUAUUCUGAAUGAUUUUUCUUUGCACAUCAUCUUAGAGAAGAGAUGUUGCCCCUCCCUCUUGCAGCGAUAUCUCUUCUCUGAUGAUGUGUUUAUUGGUGUGAGGGUGGGGCAACCUGUCAAUCACAUGAGCUCCACCAAUAGCAAACCACAACCAUCCAAUCAAUUCCCUGUGUAAAAAUCAAGCCCCGCCCUAUAUUUGUUCUUGUUUGUGAAUAUGUUUCACUUGAAUAUACAUCACAAUAGAGAAGAAAAGACUAGCUCAAGUUCAGUUUUAUGACCUUAACAUUCUUUACCUGUUAUGAAUCUGUAUGAAUACACUUCAGUGGGUGUGUAAACCUGUUUUCUCAAUUGUUUUCCUUUCAUUUGUGCUUGUUGUUUCAAAAUGCAACAGAUUAUCACCUCGAAAAAUGCCAAUGAUUUUCAUCAUCGAGUUUGAAAUGAGGUUAUGUAAUGUUAUAAUGUAUAUAUACAUAUAUAUUAAAACUGUGUUGCUGUUGCAUUUUCUCAGAAA